AUGCAUCUUUAUAAAGUGGAUAGUAGAUUAUUUUGGAACACAGAUGAGAACGGCGUUGAGAAGGUGGCGGUAGAUUAUUUUGAUGGUUUGUUUAGUUCGACUAAUCCAACAGAGUUUGAUAGGUUUUUGGAAGAGAUAGGGUCAUCAAUCUCGCCUCAGAUGAAUGAAAUGCUACUGCGAUUAGCAACGGAGGAAGAUGUUCGACAAGCUUUAUUCAUGAUGCAUCCGGAGAAAGCGUCAGGGCCGGAUGGAAUGACAGCUCUCUUCUACCAGCAUUCCUGGAACAUUAUUAAAAAGGAUGUGGUGGAGUUGGGUACUGUGGCUCAGGGGUUCAUCGGUCAGAACCGUCGCAACCAAUACAAGAAAGAGCUCAAGCGUGGGAGGAUCUACACACUGACAAACUACUAUGCAUCGAACAGCAAGGUGAUGUACCAUGUUGCUGACCAGAGGCUGGUAAUUUGCAUCUCACACGCCUCUGAGCUGAGGAAGGUGGAAGAAGACAUUGAAGCCAUUUUGACAGAGUGCUUCAGAAUCCAUUCCUUUGCAGAUUUUGAAGCCAACUGCGAUCUCAGAGGAGAUCUUCACGAUGUUGUCGGCCACCUUAAGCUUGUGGAUGGGCAUCCUCUCCAUCAGCGUCCGGUUUGGUGCACCAAGGAUGACUCAGCUUCUCGGAAAGUGAUGAUUCAUUUGCAGCUUAAAGAUGGUCCAGUGAUUAACGUUUACCUAUGGGACGAGGCUGCGGAUAAUUUCCGCGUGAAGUUUGACGCAUGUGCAGACACUCCAAUGGUUCUAUUGGUUACAACGGUCAAUCCUAAGAGACUCGGUGGGAAAUUAUGCCUAAGUUCAAUGUCUUCAUCAAGAGUGUUUUUGGACGAAGAGGUUGACCCCACCAAGGAAUACUUGACAUGGUUGACCAUGAACCCUGGUGCAACUUCUUCGGUCAACCCUGUUGAGGUGGUUAAAGCUGAGACGCUCACAAUAAGUGAGAUUGCUGCCUUCAUCAAGCGUGAGCCUGCUAAGGUUGCCUACUUUGACUGCAUUGCCACAAUUGAUGAUGUCAAGCUUGGCACUGAGGGGUAUUACAUUGCUUGCAAGGAUUGCCAGACAAAGCUAAACCGCGGGCCGACAACACUGCUUUGUCCAAAAUGCGGCAAUGAAAAUGCUACUGCUGUAGCCAACUACCGGGUGGAGAAGUCUGUGUAUGAUAAUGAGGAGCAGCGCACGUUCAUCAUUCUCGGAGAUGCUGGGAAAGAGCUCACUGGCAGAAAAGCAACAGAGUUGAUAGACACAUAUGUUGAGGAAAAUGGGGGAAAUGGGGCUGAGCUUGAGGUUCCACUGCCACAGUGUUUUAUCGAUGCAAUAGGACAGACUAAGAAAUUCAGGAUCAAGGUGGCGCCCUACAAUUUCACAUCUACACGCCUAUCCUUGACUGAUACCAAAAUUGUCUCAUCAGCAGUUUUGCCACCAAAGAAUCCCCCACUAAACACGCCACCAGAAACUGAAGUGGAAAUCUCAGAUGUAGCUAAGAGCAGUGGUGGUGGUACUUCAGCCACUGACGGCCAGAAGAAUGCAAAGCGUACCAAGCGUAGUGGCUAG